AUGUCUCAACUGAAGAACAUCUUAACAAAGCUUACCAGAGCUCAAGAUGGAGAUGCCGAACCACAACCAGAGACUCUUAUCUCCAAACCCCCUCCCAAGCCUGAGAUGUCAGUAACACCACCACGCUUCCUCAUCAUCGGUGCCGGAUCGCGAGGGCAGAACUACGCCGCAGCAAUCGACAGCGUAUCCAAUGGCGUUGUCGCCGCUGUUGCUGAACCCUUGAAGUUCAAGCGCGAGUACCUCGGUCGAGCUCACAUCUGGGGUGACGGUUCCCCUGCAGAAGGCCAGUCUUUCCAUGACUGGAGACAAUUCUUUGCAUAUGAGCAGGAUCGUCGAAGGCGAGCUGCUUCGGGUGAAGAGAAUGUACCGGAAGGCGUUGAUGGGGUCUUCGUUUGCGUGCUCGACGAGAUGCAUCGUGAGGUUAUCGUCGGUCUUGCACCACUUGGGCUACACAUUAUGUGUGAGAAGCCUCUUGCAUGUUCCCUUCAAGAUUGUAUCGACAUGUACAAGGCCAUGCGUUCCUCUCAAUCCACCAAGAUCUUCUCAAUCGGCCAUGUGCUGCGAUACAGCCCACACAACAUCAUGCUCCGCAAGCUUCUCAUUGAGGAGCGUGUCAUCGGCGAAAUAUCAAGCGCCGUACACACAGAACCCGUAGGUUGGUGGCACUUCACACACUCAUAUGUCAGGGGGAACUGGCGCAACGAGAAUACCACUGCGCCAUCCUUGUUGACUAAGAGCUGCCACGAUAUCGAUCUGUUGCUCUGGCUGCUCUGCUCUCCUGAGAAACCAGGACAGGGAGAGCCACAUCUCCCUGAAACGGUCUCAUCUGUUGGAAAUCUUCAUCUCUUCAAGAAAAGUCGUAAGCCCAAGGCUGCAGGAUCAGCAACAAACUGCAUGAAAUGCCCCCUCGGAGAUGAAGGGUGCAAAUUUUCUGCAAAGAAUAUUUACCUGGGCCCCAAACUCAAGGGCUUGCAGGCCGGCAACACAAGAUGGCCAGUCAGUAUCGUCGUUCAUGACAUUGAAGACUACCCCUCCCACCAGAGGAAGGAAGAGGUGUUGAUCAAGGCUCUGGAGGAAGAUUACAACGACUCUACACCAAAGUCGGAGAUACAGACCCGUAACUGGUUCGGUCGUUGUGUGUUUGAGGCUGACAACAAUGUCUGCGACGACCAGUUCGUCACCAUUACCUGGCCCGAGUCCACCAAGCCUUCAAAGACAGCUACUCUGCAUAUGGUCGCUCAGACAACAAAGAUCUGCGAACGUUACUCUAACUUUUACGGCGAACAUGGUGAGGUUCACGCCAAUUCACGUCGCAUCGUUGUUGAGGACUUCAACACAGGCGAGGUGAAAACAUAUCAUCCUCGUGUCGAAGAUCUUGGCCAUGGUGGCGGGGACUUGGGUCUGACACGCCAGUUUGUCAUGGCAUGUGAUCGCGUCAAGAACCAUAACUGGCAGGCUCCUCGUGCUCAAGAUGAGUUUAUUGGAUGCACUCUUGAGGAGGUGCUGCGAAGCCAUGCUAUGGUCUUUGCAGCUGAGGAGGCUAGACUUGGCCGUAAGGUCCUUGAGUGGGAGGAAUGGUGGAACGAGGCUGUUGAAAAGCAGCUGGAAACUUAA